UGACUUGUGUUGUCUUUGUAUGUGAACAAAAGCACCAGUCAAGCCGAGUCAGUUUAGCGCGGUCCGCAUGUUCUCUCGCAGCGUGAUCUCUUGUGUUAAAUGCUUCCGAUUUUGAUAUUAAAGUAUGCAUAUAAUUGUACGCGCCCUUGCAAGGAACCGAAAAAAGCGAAACUUUAGAAAUAUAUUUAGCCUUACAUCCAUUUGGAAUCCAAAGAUAAAUGCAGAAACAAGGCUCAAAGUUGAAGAGUUCUGGAAGGACAAGAUUAAUCGAGCCCCACCUGAACAUGUGGAUCCGGACAAAAAAAUGUAUGUUCUGUCUAUGUUCCCAUACCCAUCUGGACAGCUGCACCUUGGACAUGUUCGUGUAUACACCAUCAGCGACACAUAUGCCCGCUUAUAUACCAUGCAUGGCAAACAGGUCAUCCAUCCUAUGGGCUGGGACAGCUUUGGCUUGCCAGCAGAGAAUGCAGCUGUGGAAAGGAAUGAGAAUCCCAGAGCAUGGACUGAAAGGAAUAUUCAGUCAAUGAAAAAACAGCUCAAGGAUCUAAACUUCAACUUUGACUGGAGUAAGGAGCUGUCAACAUGUGAUCCAAAAUACUACAAGUGGACCCAGUACCUCUUCCUCAAGCUUUAUGAGGAAGGAUUGGUUUACUGUAGAAAUGCAGUUGUCCACUGGGACCCCGUGGACCAGACAGUUCUGGCAGAUGAGCAGGUAGAUGCUGAAGGCUGCUCCUGGCGUUCAGGUGCCAAAGUCGAAAAGAAAAACCUCCGGCAGUGGUUCAUUCGCACUACCUAUCUUUCCAAGGACCUUCUCCUGGGUCUUCGUGACUCUGAACGCAACAAUUGGGAUGAGGUGGGUCCUCUUCAGCGUGGCUGGAUUGGAGAUUGCACCGGAUUUUCAUUUGAAUGGAGUGUCAUCGACAGCAAUGGGAACCCUCAUUCAGACCUUUUGCGCGUGUGGACUGAGGAGCCCGAGUUCUUGGGUGCAGUGACAUUUGUGGCCCUCUCACCAGACCACAGCAUGGCAUUAUCCAUUGAAAAUUGCUCUAGCAGUGCUGCAGGAAAGGGCAAAUAUUAUGCACUCAACCCCAUCUCGGGAAAGAAAAUUCCAGUGCUGGUGUCCAACAAUUUUGAGUUUCCUCGGGCCACUAAUUGCCAUUUGGGAACUCCCAGUCUGAGCAACGAGGACCUCACAUUUGCCAUUCAACAUGAUAUUGAAGUGAUCAAGGUUGUUGAUGAUAAUGAUCCAACACAUCUGAUCAACUCAGGCAUGCUGACAGGCCUGUCUGCCAAGGCUGCACGAUUGCAAGUGUGCCAGCAGGCACAGCAGCAGGGCCGGGGCGGCUACCCUUGCAGUAGUCACCUCAAGGAUUGGCUUAUCUCGAGGCAACGCUACUGGGGUACGCCCAUCCCCAUCAUACACUGCACAGCUUGUGGGGUUGUUCCCGUACCAUAUGAGCAACUUCCAGUUGAGCUACCUGCUUUGGACAAGGUAACCAAGGAAGGUGUUUCACCAUUGUGUGGUGCCCAUGACUGGCUCAGCACUCCAUGUCCCAGGUGUCAUGGGCCAGCAACACGUGAGACAGACACCAUGGACACAUUUGUUGACAGUUCCUGGUAUUACCUGCGCUUUCUUGACCCAAAGAAUGAGCAGAACAUUGUUGAUCCAGCCGUUUCACAUGAAUUAAUGCCUGUUGACCUCUACAUUGGUGGCCUUGAGCAUGCUGUGAUGCACCUGUAUUAUGCUCGCUUCAUCAACCACUUCUGUCAUAGCCUGGGCUUGACGGAAGCCAAAGAGCCAUUUGUCAGGAUGCUCGUGCAUGGAAUGGUGGUGAAUGAAACAUUCAAGCUUUCCAGCACUGGCCGAUACCUGCCUCGUGAUAUGGUAGCUCAGAAGGGAACCAAGCUGUACCACAAGGAGACUGGAGAGCCAGUUCUUAUGGACUGGGAAAAAAUGAGCAAAUCGAAGCACAACGGUGUUAAGCCAGAGGAUGUAGUCUCAGAACAUGGCAUAGACACUACUAGAUUGUUCAUCCUCUGUGCCUACUCCCCAACAUCACGCUACAAAUGGCCCAGUCCUGCAUUUCGUGGAAUUGUCAGCUGGCAGGAGCGCCUAUGGCUGACUGUGCACGAUUUCCGGAAUAGUGUGCAACGAUCACUGGAGGAGGCACAGUCAAGUCCAGAAUUUGCAGACCGAGAGGCGUACUACUACGAGGGCAGAAAUCACCACGUAAAAAAUGUGACAUUCAUGUACAAUGUAACACGACAACUCAACCUAGUCAUCAAGGACCUCCAGAUAUAUACAAAACAUUUGCGGUACAAGAACCGUGGCGAAGUGGUGUUUGGCCGAGAGUUUGAGCGUGCACUUGCUGCUCUGCUGCUCAUGUUGGCACCACUGGCACCUCAUUUUGCUUCAGAGCUUUGGGCAGGAUUCACCGAUGCUGCUCGCUUUAGAGAUGUUGAAUAUCAAGUGGACCGUCCUCUCAUGGAACAGUUGUGGCCACAAGUUGACCCCGACUUCAAUCUAGACCUUCUCAUUAAGGAAGACAAUGUGGACUUAAUGAGGAUACAGCUGCCACGCCAAGAUUUUGAACGUUUGACAAAGGAGUCAGCGUAUCAAAUGGCCAUUGAAUCUGAGAGUCUGCGUCAUCGCUUGCAGAAGUGGCCGAAGUUUCAUGUUGUGUUUGACCACUACCCUUCAUACAAAGCAGAGCUGAGAUUUAUCUCUCGAGGCAAACACUCUGAAGAACCUCAGAAGGUACUGUCUCAAAGACAUGUUGAAUGAGACAUUUGAAAAGUAGAAGUUCAAUAAUUUUAUAAUUAUUGCAUCAAGCUUUAUAAAAAUCCCAUUUGUUUUAAUUAAUAACCAGACAGUGUGUCUAAGGAAAGCAUCUGGUCUUAAUGUUAAAAUUCUUAAAAAUAGGCCUCCUUUAGCAAGAUGAGCAUGAGUUGCUGGCUUUUCUGCCUAAUUUGCCUUUGAGUCCAGGUUACAUGCAGAACAUUGCGCACUUCAACACAAUAAAUGUUUUAUACUUGCUCUGCUCUCAAAGGGGUGUGGCAUAUUCACCAAUAUGGAACUCAUGCUGCCUUAAUAAAAAGAAAAUCACUUUUUUGUUUA